UUUUAUAAAAUCCAGCUGAAGGUCUAGGACUGGGGUGAUGGCGCGCGUGCCCACAGAGAGGGCCCUGAGUGCUGCCUCUGGCACCCAUGCCAUAGGUUCGCCACCACUGACCUACAGUAUAUAGUACUUUCUACUUAAUCUUUACCCUAUGUGCUGGAUCAGUAUGUAGAGCAUAUAUUUAGCUUAGAAAACUGUGUGUAGAGCAAGUAGCAUUUUAAAGGUUAAAGUGCUGUCCCCUUAAGGGUAGUCUUCUGGGAAAUGUAGUUUAGUUGUUACAUGGUUAUAUCUGUGUUCUAAUUGGUCAGUUCUAUGUCUUAACUAGCCAUUGGGAGGGAUUUCAAUGUUUUAUGAUAGGGUUUCCUGGCUACAUGCCAGCAUGUAAAAUUUUGUGUAGUACGGCCACAGGACCCUUUGCUCCAUACGAACAUUGGGUGAAUCUACCUUUAAUUUUUUACACCACAAGAACAGACAGAUUAUGAUACGUGCCUCAGAAGAACUUUUCUUAACUGUGAGUUAUUGUUUAGAGAUUCCUGAAUAAUAAAUAAUCUGAAUAUUAAUCCGCCUUUGGAGUUAAUCUGUCUGUGACAAACAGGAAUAAAGCAAAUCUCUUGUUUGGAUCAGAACACCCUAUGUAUUCUCUUUCAUCCUUCCCAUCAAAGUUGCCACAGAUACCAGAGAGGCCUUAGCAAGCUGAGAGUACCUAUAGCUCUUCAUUUGUAUUAAUCUUCAUUACUUUAUUAAAGAUUAAUAUGCAGACUAUGCAUUGUCAAGAAAAUUGCUGUUGUUAAGUGGUCAAAUUGUGUGGUCUGGUAUCAUCUUGGGUACACUGAAGUAGAAAUGGCAUUAUAAAAAGAUAUUAUUGUGAAAGUAACAGAAAACAGCAUAAUAGCAUAUACAUGUUUCAACCAAGAAGUUCAGACUUUGGGGCUUAGCAUUAUCAGAUGAACAUAAGCAGAUGAACUGUAAGAGGAAUGUUAUAUUAUGCCAAAGUGCAUUUGUUUUUGUUUUUUAUCUAGUUCAGGAGUUCCUUGGACUUUCCUUACAGCUACCCAGCCAGGCUUUGGUUCCAAUUCAAAUUACAACACUCAAACUCAAAGCAAAAAAAAACAAACAACAAACAAACAAAAAAACAUGAUUCUACCAGAUUCACUUGUAUCAUUGUCUCAAUCUCUAGAUCCCUUGAUGUCCCAUGAAAGAAAUUGUAAAAGAUUCAGCCAUUAAAAGGCUAUCUACAUUACAACUGCUCUAAGUCAUCGUAAUUGUAAUUAACAAUUAUAUAAUUUGAUACGUUAUGAAGUUUUAUCUAGAGUAUACUAUAGCAGUAAAAAAUAAUAAUAAGAGGGUAGAUAGAUGGAGGGAAAGAAUCUCUGUUUGAGUCUCCUUCCCCCCUCCCCCAAUUCAGAUGUUAUAUUAAAUCUUGGUAAAAUGAAACAGUUAAUGAAACAAUUGAUGGUUGAGCAGUUUAAGACUAUUAUGCAAUUCUAUCAGAUGAUCGGUUCUGGGAAGCUUGAAGGGGAAAGUGCAUGCUCAUUUCAGCCUGAAAUACCAAUCAGCACCUCUCUAAUUACAUUCACCCUCACUUUCAACAUAAUGGGAGCAGUUUUAACAUUACAAUAGUAAAAUGAAGGAUGUCUUAUGAAAUCCUUUCAAUCAUAGGCUGAUAGGCUGGGAUUAACAUGAAUGCUAUGAACCCUGACAAAACAAACAAAAACCAAACAGGUUGCCGAAUGUGUUAAUAUUGUAGUUACAGUAGGUGCAAGUGGGAAAAUAAUUUUUGUUCCUCAACAUCAAAUUCAUUUAAAGAAUUACAUAAUGGAUUUUUUUAUAUUUUCUUAAAAUGAUAGGAAAAAACACUGUAACACUGCAGUAAUUAUACUACAGAAAUGGCAGUACAAUCUGAAAAUCUCUAACAACUGAGCAGAAUGUGAUCCUAGGUUUUCUGAUAAUGAGGCAGUUUCAUUUAUACAGUCAGUCAUAAUGGUCUGCAAGGGCUUAGAUUUGUCUAUAUCAGAACUCAGUUGGCAUUCUAGAACUCAAAGAAGCAAUUCCAGAGUCAUUAUUUCUUAUGCAAAGAUAAUAUGUACAUAUGAUGUACAUUAUUAAAAGAUCAGCUCUGAAAGAAUUUGAACAAGACCAGAAAUUCUAGAAUGAAGGUUCUCUUCAUUGAUGUGCAUAGUUAAAAUAUAAAUUUGAAAAUUUGUAAUUAGCUUCUGCUAUAGGACGUGGAAACUGUUGGAUAAUAUAAAAUGGACAGCCAUCAAAUGGUGUCAGCAGGAUGGGUUGUGAUAGCUAUGGUCCUUGGCACUGCUGAUGUUCUUCAUGCCUUUGCUAUUAUGGAAAAAGAAGAUGUGUUCAAGAAGAAUCCUUGCCCAGCUUUCUUGAUGUUUGAGAAUGCUGCUUAUUUGGCUGAUAUGAGUUUUGAAUUGCCCUGUAAAUGUAAGCCAGAAGAAAUAACCACUGUAGUUUGGUACUUUCAAAAAAGCAUGGGCAGUCAGCAAACUAAGGUCUUGACAGAUUUUGAUGGUACUUUGAUAGUAGACUCACGCCACAUCAAGGUAGGCAGUGACAUGCUUCGUCGUUUCAGCAUUAGGAUGUUUAGUCUCAUUGUCUUCCGGAUUCAAGUAGAAGAUUCAGGGCAUUAUAUUUGUGGUACAAAGAAAGGGGAUUUCUUCUACGGUUAUGAUAUAGAUAUACAGCCUUCAAAGAGAAUAACUAUCGCCUUUGCAGAUGAGGGUCAGCAUCCACAGAAUGACCUCCAUGAAGCAAAUUUCACAGUCCUCACCAUUUUCUGGGACUGGACUAAAUGCAACCGCUGUGAUGUCAGAGGUGAGCAACGAAGAAUUGGGCUUUGCUACAUAAAGAGUCCUUCUCUUUUCAGGAGGUACCACACCACUAUAGAAGAGGUGGCAUCUUGUGGCUCAAAAUCAAUCCCAAAGAAUUUCUUUCAUGGUAUUCAGAUGAGAAAGCCUGAAGUUGUUAUACGAAGUUGCAUGGUAUCUUGUAAGAGGAAGAUACCUUCAAAUGAAGGAGAAGCACCAAUUUCAAACAUUAUCUCAAAGCUUGGAGAAAAACCUUGGAUUUCCAAUAUCCCUAUUCAAUUCCACAAGCAGUCCCUUGGCAGAGGAUUGAUCAUUGCUUGCCCUGGUACUAGGCCAGAACAUGCUGUUGCCUGGGAUAAAGAUUCAACAAGAUUAUAUCUCAAUAGGUUUCUCACUGGGGUUAAUAAAACCAUGAGGGUCUUCAUUGACCAUGGAAAUCACCUCCACAUUCGUUUUACCCAGAUGAAUGACAAAGGUAUUUAUUAUUGUUGGCGAGAAGGAGAAAUAGUUGCUGGAUUCCGGCUAUCUGUAGUAUAUGAAAGUCGCCACAGACGAAGUCUUGAUGAUCCUGAAAGUCAGUAUGCUAUUAAGGCUAUUAUCACAAGCUAUGUGCUCAUCAUCAUCUUUUUUAUAAUCAUUCACAUUGUUCGCUGUUGCCUCUAUGUGUUGAAAUAUACAGCUAUGGAAUAGCAUCUCAAAAAAUGACCAUAGGCCUAAUAAAUGAUGAUGAUUGGUUUCACAACUAAUUUAAUAAUUAAUUGAGCAACUGUUUCUUUAUCAAUUAAAUAUUUCAAUUUUAGAAUACUGUAGAACACUCAGUGAAGAUAAAUUUUAGACAAUCAGCUCUCUUAAAUACGAGAGCUAAUAUACAGUGAGUAAACAACUGUUAACAGAAGGCAAGGAUACUAAUAUUUUUUCAUUAUAUAUGAAAUAUGAUAGUUUUUUACUGUAGAAUUCUAUGCCUAAUAAUAGCCCAAUUGGUAAAUCAAUUUAAAAUCCAUAUGUAUUGAGAAAAAUCCAGAAAAAUAGCUAACUGAGUAUUAUCAGUCUGAGAUUCCUGUUGCUGAACUUGUACAGGUUCAAAUAUACUUGAACAAUAUACAUAUAUUGCAAAUCUGCAACAGUCACACAUAGGGCAAUCAUUCGGUUGACACUGAAGGUAGAUGGGUAAUUCAUUUCUUAUACAGUUUAAUUGAUGUAACAAAGAACAAGCAAUUGAUUUUGUGUAUCUUUUAUCUUAAAAGAAACGUCUGUAUUUUGUUUAUAUAUAUUGUUCCUUUGUAAGCCACUGUGAGAAUUCUUUGGAGAAUAUCAAAUAAAGAAACAGAAUGAGCAGUGAGAAACUGAAGGAGAAGCAAUUUUUGAUGUAAUGUUUAAUUGUAAAAGAAAUAUAAUAAUAAACAAGUUUGCAGUUUUAAAUAAUGCCAUUGCUAUAGCCUCAUACUUUUAGUUUCUAUUAAGCAUUUACAUACAAUCCUCUGUAAAACUAUAAUUAGAAGUUCAUCUAUUACUAUAAAUAUGCAAGCAUGUUUAUGUGGCUAGCAUACAAAGCAGAACAUGAAACUUAUGAAGUAUUUUAGCAUAGUGAUUCUAAAAGGAAUAUAUCCAAAAUAUUAAUUAGUUAUAAUGUUUAAUCAUGUUUAUAUGAUCCACAUUGCUCGUGUUAGGACAGUUAGUUUUACUGGAAAAUAGAUAAGUUGUGUGUAACUCUUUGUGGUAGAAAAUGAUGAGUUCCACCAUAUUCCCUAGUUUUAUUUUUUAAAAGAAAAAUAAAAGUUAUGCCAUUUCUUCCACAGUCACAGCUAUUAAUUUAAAUAUAGGACAUUGAAGGAAAAAAA